GUCAUCUUGGAGAUGCCAUGUCUCUUCCUGUUCAUUCAGGGUUCUGCUGGCGUGGAGGCAGGCCUCGCCCUGAGUAGGCCUAACUCUUUUGCUUCAGGACUAGGCCGGGAGGGCUUGCCCAGCCUCCCAUGCAGCCCCUGUCAUCUAUUUUUGCAGGCAGAGGUGCCUGGGACCUGCCUGCUCACUGUUCGUGUCAUACAGGCCCAUGACUUGCCCUCCAAGGACUUAGUAACCCCCUCUGACUGCUAUGUUACCGUGUGGCUGCCCACAGCCUCUAGCAACAGGCUUCAGACACGCACGGUCAAGAACAGCAGAAGCCCCGUCUGGAAUCAGAGCUUUCACUUCCAAAUCCACAGCCAGCUCAAGAACAUCGUGGAACUGAAUGUCUUUGACCAGGACCUACUGACCAAAGAUGACCCUGUGUUGUCAGUGCUAUUUGACGUGGGGACUCUGCAGAUUGGGGAGUGCCGGCAUGAGAGCUUCUCACUGAGCCCUCAGGGUAAGGAGCGCCUAGAAGUUGAAUUUCGGCUGCGGAGUCUGACAGACUGUGCUGAGCAGCUCGACAGCAAUGGCAUCCUGGUGGCCCGGGAACUCUCCUGCUUGCAUGUUCAGCUGGAGGAGACAGGGGAUCAGAAGGGGUCAGAACGCAGAGUUCGGCUUGUGGUUCCUGGGUCCUUUGAGGGUUCACAGGAAGCCUCUGUGGGCACCAACACCUUCUGCUUCCAUUGCCCAGCCUGCUGGGAGCAAGAACUGAGUAUCCAUCUGCAGGACGCCCCCCUGGAGCAACUGAAAGUGCCCCUGAAGGUCCUGCCCUCUGGCCAGGUGGUGAGGCUCGUCUUUCCCACAUCCCAGGAGCCCCUGAUGAAAGUGGAGCUAAAAAAAGAAGAACGACCACAGGAGCUGGCCGUGCGGCUGGGCUGUGGGCCCUGUGCCGAGGAGCAGGCUUUCCUGAGCAGGAGGAAGCAAGUGGUGGCUGCAGCCCUAAAGGAGGCCCUACAGCUGGAUAGAGACCUGCAGGAGGAUGAGAUCCCAGUGGUAGCUGUUAUGGCCACUGGUGGUGGAAUCCGGGCAAUGACUUCCCUGUAUGGGCAGCUGGCUGGCCUGAAGGAGCUGGGUCUCUUGGAUUGUGUCUCCUAUAUCACCGGGGCCUCGGGCUCCACCUGGGCCUUGGCCAAUCUCUACGAGGAUCCAGAGUGGUCUCAGAAGGACCUGGCAGGGCCCACUGAGUUGCUGAAGACCCAGGUGACCAAGAGCAAGCUUGGUGUGUUAGCUCCUAGCCAACUGUGGCGGUACCAGCAGGAGCUGGCUGAGCGUGCCCGCCUGGGUCACCCAGCCUGCUUCACCAACCUGUGGGCCCUCAUCAAUGAGGCACUGCUGCAUGAUGAGCCCCAUGACUACAAACUCUCAGAUCAGCGGGAGGCUUUGAGUCAUGGCCAGAAUCCUCUGCCCAUCUACUGUGCCCUCAACACCAAGGGGCAGAGCCUGACCACCUUUGCAUUUGGGGAGUGGGUUGAGUUCUCCCCCUAUGAGGUCGGCUUCUCCAAGUACGGGGCCUUCAUCCCCUCUGAGCUCUUUGGUUCUGAGUUCUUCAUGGGGCGGCUGAUGAAGAGGCUUCCUGAGUCCCGCAUCUGCUUUUUGGAAGGUAUCUGGAGCAACCUGUACGCAGCCAACCUCCAGGACAGCUUAUACUGGGCCUCAGACCCCAGUGAGUUCUGGGACCGCUGGGUGCAGAAUCAGGCCACCCUGGACAAGGAACAGGUCCCGCUGCUGAAGAUAGAAGAACCACCCACAACAGCCGGCAGGAUAGCUGAGUUUUUCACUGACCUUCUGACAAGGCGCCCACUUGCCCAGGCCUCCCACAAUUUCCUGCGUGGCCUCCAUUUCCACAAAGACUAUUUCCAGCAUCCUCACUUCUCCACCUGGAAAGCCACCAAACUGGAUGGGCUCCCUAACCGGCUGACACCUGUGGAGCCUCACCUUUGCCUGCUGGAUGUCGGCUAUCUUGUCAACACCAGCUGCCCACCCCUCCUGCAGCCCAGUCGGGACGUGGACCUCAUCCUGUCACUGGACUACAAUCUCAACGGAGCCUUCCAGCAACUGCAGCUUUUGGGCCGGAUUUGCCAGGAGCAGGGCAUCCCGUUCCCACCCAUCUCACCCAGCCCAGAAGAGCAGCAGCAGCCGCGGGAGUGCCACACUUUCUCCGACCCCUCCUGCCCCGAAGCCCCCUUGGUGCUGCACUUCCCCUUGGUCAAUGACUCCUUCCGGGAACACACAGCCCCUGGGGUCCAGCGGACACCCGAGGAGGCAGCAGCUGGGGAGGUGAACCUGUCUUUAUCCGACUCCCCCUACCACUACACAAAGGUGACGUACAGCCAGGAAGACGUGGACAAGCUAUUGCGCCUGACACAUUACAACAUCUGCAACAACCAGGAGCGGCUGCUGGAGGCCUUGCGCCAGGCUGUGCGGCGGAGGCAGCAACGCAUGUUCCAGUGAUGGCCCAGGGGAGGCGCCUGCCGGGCCCCUACGGCCCUUGCCUCUUUUGGGCUGGUUCCCCAUCAUCUCCAAGUGUUCCAGAGCCGCUGGUGACUUAGGUGACCCAGUCACGGCACCACUGAGGUAUAUGCCCAGAACUGCCUAGGAUGUAGUGCUGAAGCCACCAGCAACCCUGUCACAGAGUUCAGGCUGAAGGCUGCAGUAGCUGAGGGACUGGACCUCUCCCUCCUUCCGGGGGCUGGAACUGACUUCCUCUUUGAGUUAGAGAAGGACUGGGGACUCAUAGAUUCUGUGGCAAUGAAAACAAUGAGGCUGGAGCCCAGAGCAGUGCUGACCUCAUUUAUAUAAGCACUCAAGUGA